AUGGAGGACGGUCUCCAAUACCAACGCGCCGGAUUACAGACACCAGCGAUGCCGGGGCUCAGCUGUCGCUUCUACCAGCAUCGCUUCCCGGAGGUGGAGGAUGUGGUGAUGGUGAAUGUGCGCUCCAUCGCAGAGAUGGGCGCCUACGUCAGCCUACUGGAGUACAACAACAUCGAGGGCAUGAUCCUGCUGAGCGAGCUGUCCAGGAGACGCAUCCGCUCCAUCAACAAACUCAUCCGCAUCGGCCGCAACGAGUGUGUGGUGGUGAUCCGGGUGGACAAGGAGAAAGGAUAUAUCGAUUUAUCCAAAAGAAGAGUGUCCCCAGAGGAAGCCAUCAAGUGUGAAGAUAAAUUUACCAAAUCUAAAACUGUGUACAGCAUCCUGCGGCACGUGGCAGAGGUACUCGAGUACAGCAAAGACGAGCAGCUGGAGAGUCUGUACCAGCGCACGGCCUGGGUGUUCGACGAGAAGUACAAGAGACCCGGUUACGGCGCCUAUGAUGUCUUCAAGCAGGCCGUGUCAGACCCCGCGAUCCUGGAUGGACUGGAGCUGUCUGAGGAGGAGAGGAAUGUUCUCAUCGACAACAUCAACAGGAGGCUCACUCCACAAGCCGUGAAGAUCAGAGCAGACAUCGAGGUGGCCUGUUACGGCUACGAGGGCAUCGACGCAGUGAAGGAGGCUUUGAAAGCAGGACUCUGCUGCGCCACAGAAACUAUGCCCAUCAAGAUCAACCUGAUCGCACCUCCGCGGUACGUGAUGACCACGACCACUUUGGAGCGCACUGAGGGCCUGUCGGUGCUGAACCAGGCCAUGGCGGCCAUCAAGGAGAAGAUCGAGGAGAAACGAGGAGUCUUCAACAUCCAGAUGGAGCCGAAGGUGGUGACGGACACGGACGAGACGGAGCUGGCCCGGCAGCUGGAGCGGCUGGAGCGGGAGAACGCGGAGGUGGACGGUGACGAUGAUGCCGAGGAGAUGGAAGCCAAGACCGAAGAUUAA